CAUCAUCUCUAAUUCUAUACCUUCGGCCGCAUCAUUGCUAGGGUUUUACAUUUCGUAAAGCGUCGUCCAGUCUCCUUCGACAUCUGAAACUCCCAAGUGUUGUCUGAAUCACCUUUUGGCCAUGGAAUCGUCUUGUCAAUAAGGUUUUUCCCUCUCGAAAAAUCCAUCGGUCAAGCUCGCAGUGUGUCGUAUUUUGAUUCGCGUGAUUACCCCGACCGGAGAUGACGACUUUGAACCCGUUCGAUCUCUUAGGAGUUGACGCUGAGGAUCCAAGCCAGAUUGUUGUGGCUUUACCGAAGAAGGUCGUGGAAGCAGCUCCUCUGCCGCCUGCUAAGAACACUAAGUUGCAAACCAAGCAGGCUCCUCCUUCUCAAGCUGUGAGGGAGUCAAGGAAUGCUCCUUCAGGAGGUCGUGGUGGUGCUGGAGGUCGUGGUGGUGCUGGAGGUCGUGGGCCUCCUCGUGGUUCGUUUAACCCGGGAGGAAACAGACCUUAUGAUCCAAAGGAUGGACCAAAGGAUGGAGAAAGAAAUGGUGGGUUCCGUGGAUACCGCGAAAGUGGUGGUCGCGGAGGUCACGUUGGUGGAUUUGCCAAUGGUAAGACGGGUGAUGUGGAACGCACAAAGAGGGUCUAUGACCGCCGUAGCGGAACAGGUCGUAGUAAUGACCUGAAACGUGAGGGUGGUGGGCGUGGAAACUGGGGUACCCCUGAAGAUGAUAUUCCACCACCAACCGAGGAACCAACAACAGAGGUUGAGAAGAGCCCUGUUGCUGAGAAGGAAGGCGGUGAGGGUGACACCACUGAUGAAAAGAAAGAGGCUCCUGCGGAUGAACAAGAGGAGAAAGAACCUGAGGACAAGGAGAUGACACUGGAAGAGUAUGAGAAAAUUCUGGAGGAGAAGAAGAAAGCUCUGCAAGCCACAAAAGUUGAGGAGAGGAAAGUUGACACCAAGGUGUUUGAGUCUAUGCAACAGCUUUCUAACAAGAAGACCAAUAAUGAGGAAAUCUUCAUCAAGCUGGGAUCCGACAAGGACAAACGCAAAGAUGGUGCUGAGAAAGAAGAGAAGGCCAAGAAGUCGUUGAGCAUUAACGAGUUUUUGAAACCGGCUGAUGGAGAGAGAUACAACCCAAGAGGUGGAUACCGUGGAAGAGGAGGUCGCAGUGGUGGUCGUGGACAGAGAGAUGGAGGAAACCAAAGGCAUGGAGGAGCACUUGCUCCGGCUAUCGGAGACAGUGCUCAGUUCCCAUCGUUGGGCAAGUAAAGACCCCUGUUGGUCCUUGAGCCUCUUAUCAAUCUCUACAACUUUAUUUAGUUUGAUUUUUGUUCUUAGUGCUAUCAAUUUUUGUUACACUUUCUCUACAAAACGAGUUUGGAGACUUUUAUGUUAUGAAAAAAAAAACAGUAUUGUGAUC